UCGACCCGGACCGGCCCCGCCCAGCGUGUACCUUUCCCGGCCAGGGUCGCCCCGGCAACCACCAGCCCAGUCAAUCAGCGCCCGGGACUACGUAGGAGCCAUGGCCGUGAGAAAAGCACUGAUCGUCCUGGCUCACUCAGAGAGGACGUCCUUCAACUAUGCAAUGAAGGAGGCUGCUGUAGAGGCUUUGAAGAAGAAAGGAUGGGAGGUGGCCCAGUCGGACCUCUAUGCCAUGAACUUUAAUCCCAUCGUUUCCAGAAAGGACAUCACAGGUAAACUGAAGGACCCCGAGAACUUUCAGUAUCCUGUGGAGUCUGUUCUCGCUUAUAAAGAAGGUCGUCUGAGCCCGGAUAUUGUGGCUGAACAAAAGAAGCUGGAAGAUGCAGACCUUGUGAUAUUUCAGUUCCCCCUGCAGUGGUUUGGAGUCCCUGCCAUUCUGAAAGGCUGGUUCGAGCGGGUGCUCGUAGGAGAGUUUGCUUACACGUAUGCUGCCAUGUAUGACAAGGGACCCUUCCGGAAUAAAAAGGCCGUGCUUUCCAUCACCACCGGUGGCAGCGGCUCCAUGUACUCUCUGCAGGGCGUCCACGGGGACAUGAAUGUCAUUCUCUGGCCAAUUCAGAGUGGCACUCUGCAUUUCUGUGGCUUCCAAGUCUUAGAGCCUCAGCUGACAUAUAGCAUUGGGCACACUCCAGCGGACGCCCGGAUUCAGAUCCUGGAAGGAUGGAAGAAACGUCUGGAGAAAAUUUGGGAUGAGACACCACUGUAUUUCCCUCCAAGCAACCUCUUUGACUUAAACUUCCAGGCGGGGUUCUUAAUGAAAAAAGAGGUACAGGAUGAGCAGAAAAACAAUAAAUUUGGCCUUUCUGUGGGCCAUCACUUGGGCAAGGUCAUCCCCACUGACAAUCAGAUCAAAGCCAGAAAAUGAGAUUCAUAAGUCUUAGAUCCAAAACAUGGGGUCAAAGCCGAGUAUCUUUUCAGACUUCCCUGACUUGCUUUAGUUUUCAGGAUCUGGGGUUUUCUUUUUCUACAAAGAAUGAAUGAGAGAGGGAAUAGACUGUAUUCAUAUGUUUUUGGAUAGUUUUAUUAUUAAACAUAACUGAUUCUCACAA